CUGCAAUUGAAUGUGUGCUAGUUGCCAAGGAAGAAGGAAGCGGAAGUAGGUGGCUCGGAAAGACGAGCGCAAGAUGUCUCUAACGAGCUUUCUACCGGUGCCGACCCAGCUGUCACAAGAUCAGCUGGAAGCAGAGGACAGAGUUCGCGCCCAGAAGUCGUUCUCUACUGCCUUGGUCGCUUCCCGAAGGGAACCGCCACCUUAUGGACACAGAGGUGGAUGGAUACCUCGCACUCCCGAGGACUUUGGAGAUGGGGGAGCUUUUCCAGAGAUCCACGUGGCACAGUUUCCUCUGGAGAUGGGUCGGCAAAAGAAAACCAACAAUGCUCUGACGAUGCAGGUGGAUGCAGAGGGAAAGAUCAAAUAUGAUGCUAUUGCAAGACAAGGACAAAACAAAGACAAGGUGAUCUUCAGUAGGUACACAGAUCUACUUCCAAAAGAGGUUAUGAAUGAAGACACCCCGGAAUUGCAGAAGCCGGAUGAGGAAGCUGUUGAAGAGCUGACUGAGAAGACUCGUGCUGCCCUCAGCAAGCAGGUAUCUCAAAAGAUUGCCGCUGCCAUGCCUGUCCGAGCAGCAGACAAGCAGGCCCCAGCGCAGUACAUCAGGUACACCCCAUCCCAGCAGGGAGUGGCUUUCAACUCUGGAGCCAAACAAAGAGUCAUCCGCAUGGUGGAAAUGCAGAGAGACCCCAUGGAACCACCACGUUUUAAGAUCAAUAAGAAGAUCCCUCGUGGACCGCCGUCACCACCAGCUCCAGUCAUGCAUUCUCCGAGUAGAAAGAUGACGGUGAAAGAACAGCAGGAGUGGAAGAUUCCUCCAUGCAUCUCCAACUGGAAGAACGCUAAGGGUUACACCAUCCCUCUAGACAAGCGUCUGGCAGCUGAUGGCAGGGGGCUGCAAACAGUUCACAUUAAUGAAAACUUUGCCAAGCUGGCUGAGGCCCUCUACAUUGCUGAUAGAAAGGCCAGAGAGGCGGUGGAGAUGAGAGCCCAGGUGGAAAAGAAGAUGGCCCAGAAGGAGAAAGAAAAGAAAGAAGAGAAACUCAGGGAGUUAGCCCAAAUGGCCCGAGAUCGCAGGGCGGGAAUUAAAAGUCAUGGGGACAAAGGCGGCGAGGACGGAGAGGCAAGGGAGCGUGACGAGAUCCGCCACGACAGAAGGAAAGAGAGACAGCACGACAGAAACAUUUCCAGGGCAGCUCCUGACAAGAGAUCCAAACUGCAGAGGGACCAAGACAGAGACAUUAGUGAGCUCAUCGCUCUGGGUGUGCCCAACCCUCGCACCAGCAGCAGCGAGGCCCAGUAUGACCAGCGACUUUUCAACCAGAGUAAAGGAAUGGAUAGCGGCUUUGCCGGUGGCGAGGACGAGACGUACAACGUGUACGACAAGCCUUUCCGCGGCGGCAGAGACAUGGCCUCCAACAUCUACCGACCCAGCAAAGCCAUCGACAAGGACGCCUACGCUGAUGACUUUGACACACUCAUGCAAAAAGACAGGUUCGUGCCCGACAAGGAGUUCUCGGGUGCCGAUCACGGGCAGAGGCGCGAGGGUCCUGUCCAGUUUGAAGAAGACCCUUUCGGUCUGGACAAAUUCUUGGAAGAAGCCAAGCAGCACGGCGGCUCCAAGAGAGCGUCCACCAGCAGCCGCUCCAAGGACGAUUACCAUGACAAGAAGCGCAGAAAGGAGUGAAGGCCUAUGGUCAUCAUGCUCUUUUGUCGACACUUUGUUCAUCACAGGUGUUUUAUUCCACUCAAAUGUCUAGAGGGAGUUGUCUAUUUUUCCCCCCGCCAACUAGUAUUAAAAAAAAAAAAAAAAAAAACAUUUAUAAUCCCUUCUUUUUUUUCUUCUUCUUGCUCCUACCCAUAUAUGUACAGUGCGACCAAUAAGGUAACAUGGGAACUUCUGUCCUGGAAGUGUAUAGAUUUCAGUUCGUUUUGAUUUCACACACAUACCAAAAAUACUUUUUGGGGUCAGUUCUAUAAUAUUUAAGAUGCCCAUUUAGGUGUUGUUACCAUUUGCCUAUAUGUGAUGGCAGGUAUGGACACUGAUCUUGAAGAAAAAAAAAAUAUCCUUGUCAUCCUUGUACAAGUAUUGAAUAAAUUUCCUUUAGUGUG